UUGAGUCGCCGUUAGAACAAGCAUACAGUUCAGCCAUGCAGGGGAUUAUAGUUCUAGCUUGUCUUCUCGGCUACUCUGUGGCCGGCCCUAUCCACGCUUCAUGCAAGCUCGACUGGGUGAUUGGUCAGUCGUGCAGUGAUGUCAAGACCGCGCUUGUAACCCAGGCAAACACCUGGCAUGACGCCUCAAACUGCCCAAACGGUGCUGGCGAGAAAUGUCUCUACACGGUGAAAAGCGAUGCUGACCUUAAGAUCACGCUGACCCACGAGACUCCCGUACAUCAUUACGUUGAUGACAUCACGUUUACGUUCGCUGCCGGUACAACGGCGGGCACCUGCGCUGUCCACGGCUACUCUACCUCGGAGACAUGGUACGCAGUGCUGGACCAGUCAACCAACUACUGCAACAUGAGGAACCUCCUUGAAGGCGCCAAUCUUCAUACGACCGCUGGUUUCCUAGAGACAACAAAUGACCGCAUCUGCACCCAGUAUUCCUCCCACAACUGCGCAAAAUACUAGUUCCUUAUCUUGACUCUAGUUUUGUAGAUUUUGAUAAAUAAAAUGAAAACAACUUU